CCAGCCAGUUUAUCGUGAUCGUUCAGGGUUGUGUUAGUGCCCUUCAUGCUGCUUUACUGUUUGACUGUUUAUAUGAGGAAUUACCCCGUUUCUCUUAUAAAUUUGGAGAUAUGUGACAGAAACUAACAUUUAUUUGACUGUUGAUUGUGUAUUGUGAUUGUUUCUUUUCGAUUUGGUGAAUUAUUUUAUACGAAUAAUGGCAGCAAUCGCUUUAACAAUUCUUCUCUGCAUAUUAGUAUGUAUGGUGCGUUCCAGAGAAGAACCCUACUUCAGCAAGAGCCCGAAAAACGUAAACGUUGUUCUGGGAAAAUCGAUUACAAUGCCAUGUGAAGUCACGCCGAACAACGGCAUCAAUUACUAUUGGCAAUUGAACGGCAUGAAAAUACCGAACACGACUCGCCGCUAUCAGCAGGGCAGCAACUUGCACAUAACCCGCGUCGACCGAGAGAGAGACUCCGGCCAGUUCACUUGCAUUGCCGAGGACAUCACGGGACAGUCCAGCCCGAUCACCAGCUCCGCAGCCUCCAUCAACAUUCAAUGUAAGUCUCCAGAUCCUGGUUUGCUAGUGGUGUGAGUAUAUACUUGUCUUAUUUAUUGCUUAAAAUAGUAGGUAUAUCAAAAAUAUGGAUGGAACAAAUUUUAAGGAGAAGUUUCACUGGAUGAUAGAACAAAUUACUUUUAGCUAAAAGUUUUAUACAAAUGUAGAUCUUAAUUUAUUUAAAUAUCUCUAGGGAUACUUGACGUAGACUAAUUGUAGCAGUUAGAAGAAAAAUUUCUAAGUUGUCUUACAAAUAAAUCAAUCAGUAGUGGAUAUACAGGAGGGUAGUUUCAUUAGAAUUACGACACUUCUGAUGAAUAUUUUGCAAAUUCGUUUAAUAGUUUUUAUUGCGAAUUCCGUAUCUCCGUCAUUUGAUGCAUUUGUAAAUCAACUUAGGGAAUUUCUACUUCUAUUUACAUAAAUUAGUGAACCAAUUUCCAUCAGUCUACGUUAAAGAUAUCAUUUUCUAAAAUAUCUUAAAGAUAUUUUAGAAAAUGUGACAUAUUUUAUGGUUUCAACACCCUGUAUCUCAAAAACAAAGCGAACUACAACCAAUGUUCAUAUAAAACUUUUUCUUAAAAUAUACUUGUUCAGAUAAGGUGGUGCUGAAAUAAUUUUGAAUAAGUACCUAACUCUAUUUUGACAAUUCAAACUUUUAAAGUGGUUUUGGAAAUGAUGCCGAAAUGAGAAAAACUUUAUCUCAAAAUUGAAACAAAAAGAAAUCUAUUGUGGCAGGAACAAUUCCUUUUCUGUCUAUAUUAUGAGAAACCUACUCAUUAUUGAUGGCACAUCCUGUUCACUCUUUUCCUCAUAAUGUUAAUAAUAAUCAUAAUUAUAUGGAAACAUUUGUAAUAUGAACAAUAAGUUAUUUUUGUUAUUCCCAGUUAUCAAUAAAUUUUAUUUACAUAGAAACCAGAUACUAAAUUAAUUUAAUUUAAAAUCAUCGAGGUGUUUUCUGCAGUUCUAACAACCUAGUAAAGUAAAAUACUUUGUAUUAAAACGACAGAUAUAUAAUUCAUAUGUAA